AUGGAGUCUGGGAACAUGGAAGAUGAUUCCAAGGAUAGCCCUACUCUCAUCUUGACCAGCGAGGACUGCUCUAAAACGAAUACACAAUCUCCCUCCCCAGUAAAAAUAAAAACAGAAGUAAGGAGCCUCAGUAAUUCACUCCCAAGCUCUCAGUCUCCGCGUAAAAUUGCAAUAUCCGCCGAAGAAUUUGAACGAUUGAAAGCACGGAAUAUUCUUAGUGUGAAAUCUGUGAAAUUGAAUGUUGCCACUGAAGGAGUCGAGAGCCCUUUUGGUGCGAAGGAUGCGUUUCUAAUCAAAGUUGAGCCAAAUUGCCCCAUACGAAUGCUGAAUGUUGAUGGCGUCCUCCAGAUUGAAACGCUUGAAGAAAGCGCUGCUCAACGAAAAAAAUCGGCACUUAAUAUCCUAAAGGCGGUCAAGAAAAUGGUGGAUGAUAGGUCAGCCAGAGAUCUCGUAUACGAGAAAGUUGCAUCACAUGUUAAGGCGGCGUUCCCGAGCCUUCAGGUCAGAAAAUUGACUUGGGGUGACCGGCAGUAUGAAGGAACGCUGGAGAUCACGCGUCGUCAAGCAGACGUCUACGGAAACGAAUGUCCAAAAACUGGUGCACAGGUUCUCCUGUUUGCUAAAUCAAUGAGAGCUGAAUUGCGAGUGUUAGAGGUUGAGGAAUCGUUAAUUUCAAAGUCCGUUCAUGAGAAAGUUGGCAGAAUCGGCGGAAUAGAUUUUGAAGAAUUCGACAAAAUGUUGUCGCAUUUGUCUGCGGAAUAUUCCUAUUGUGCCGGAAUUCCUGUGGACGAGGUUGAAGACGAAUGUCCUUUAGCGGUGUUGAAGCGUUUGCCUGAGCACCUGGUGAAAGGGAAGCUGGGAUAUCGGUCCGUUGAUUGUGCGCGUUGGUUCGACAGAAUGGAUUCUGCUGGUGCGUUCAAGCCAGGGGGUGUAGAAAUUGGGAAUCGGUGUGAGGCCUGCUGUGAGGCUUUAAAAAGAGGGACUAGUCGGUCCCAGACCUCCGUGGAAACUUCUCACGAUUUUGGCGACUCGUUAGAAUUGUUGUCAACAGAGGAACUACAAACUCGAAUCCGAGAUCUGAAUGCCAAGACGAGAAAUCUGCUGCAUGUUAAGCGGAGAAAAGAAAAAGAGGAGAAGAGAUUUGCCGAGGAAGCUGCCAAGUAUUUCUGGUGUAAUCUCUGCGGCGAGAAAUUCGACAGUAAUCCGGCUCUUCUUGCCCACAAGUCCACACACCAGCGAAACUAUAAGUGUGCGAUUUGCGAUAAAAGCUUUUACACGACGCAAAUGUUGAAGGGUCAUGAGAGAAUUCAUUCCGAGGAAAGGCCGUAUAAAUGUUCGGUUUGUGAUAAAGGUUUUUUGGGGCAGUUUGCGCUGAAGCAACACACAUAUGUUCAUAGUGAUGAAAAGCUCUUCAAAUGUGAAGAAUGUGAUGCUCGGUUCAAGACCAACUCGACUCUUAAAUCGCAUGUGAAGCGGCGACACUUAGAAUUGCAACAUAUGUGCGAAUAUUGCGCGCGAUCUUUCGCCGAUAAAUCGCAUCUGAAAAUGCAUAUUAUGACUCACACGGGCGAGAAACCGUACGAAUGUCUUCACUGCGGUUGGCAGUACGCGCAGAAGGGCGGUUUGAAGAAACACGAAUUAACGCACGUCAAGGGCAGACAGAAGGGUGACAAUUUCACUUGUGCAAUCUGUGACCAGUCGUUCGAAAACUCCAACCUCUUGAAUGAGCAUCAGUCGAAGCAUUCCGUCAAGCCUUGGGAACGCCCGUACAAAUGCGAGAAUUGCCCAUUAACAUUUCCAAACCCGCGGCGCUUGAUGAUACAUGAGGCUACCCACAACGAUGAGAAGGAAUUUGUAUGUGAUCUUGGCGAUUGUGGGAAAGUAUUUCGCGUCAGAGCAAAUUUGAAAAAACAUAUGUGUUUACAUUCGAACGAGUUACCUUUUCAGUGUCAAUAUUGCUCGAAGACUUUCAGUCAGCGUGGUUACGUUAAGAUACACGAGCGUAUUCACACUGGAGAAAAACCGUACAAGUGUGGAGUCGAAAACUGUCGGAAGUCGUUUGUGCAAAAGAGCGGUCUGACAUCUCAUCAGCUGUCGAUUCAUGCUAAGGAAACACCGUUCAGGUGUGAACACUGCAGAAAGAUGUUCUCUUCGCCUCCGGCGCUGCGGGAUCACGUGCGGACGCACACGGGCGAGAAACCGUACAAAUGUCGACACUGUGACGUGUGCUUCACGAAUCUCGGUCAACGUCACAGUCAUGAGUUACGGCACACGGGAACGAAACGAUUCGCGUGCGACCACUGCGCGAAACGGUUCAUACUAAAAUCGGACCUCGUCAAACACGUGCGUACGCACACUGGCGAAAGACCAUUCAAAUGUAGCCACUGCGAUGCGCGAUUUUCGCAGCAGAGCUCGAUGAAAAGUCACGAACGCCAGCACACUAAUGUCAAUGAAAGUCUAUUCAAGUGCGGCAAAUGUUCAAAAACAUUCAAGCAGAAGGUGACGUUGAAACAACACCUACUAACAAUUCAUAAAUGCUAA